AUGCGAAUCGUGGGAAAUUCGCCGAUAACGGCGAUAUCCACGACGCGUACGCGACGUUGGAUAAUCGCCGCCCAAUUGGGUAAUCUCUUCCUACUCAUUGUACUCUACCUCCACGCUUAUGUCACUUUUGUUAGUCUGGAAUGUGAGGUGCUAGGAGAAGAGCCAGUGAGGGACUAUGAGAGUGUACGAACGAAGAGAUCAUCAGCGAAAAGAACGUUGCCGCUGGAAAUUGAGGAAUACACUAUCAUUCUGGGACAGAAUACCCUAAUUCCAAAGGACGUUCUGGAACGGUCAUGUUCGCGUAUUCACCGACAUUGUUCAGAUGCUGGUAUGAAACUAAUGGGCUUUCAAGGAGCUCGAGGAGAUCCGGGCUCACAAGGUCCUGUUGGGCCACCAGGUAAGCGUGGUCCUGUUGGAAAUGUGGGACCUAGUGGAUUGGUUGGUGAUGCUGGUGAAGUAGGACCGCCUGGAAAGGAUGGUAAGCUAAUU